AAAACAUCUGUAAGUCUCUGCACCAUACAGGUGUAAAGUACAUUAGGAAUUUUGUACAAGGUUAUUGUUGUUUGUAUCAUACAAAAACCUACCUUACUCUUUAUAAUACAGAAGUGUUUGAAAUGGAUUCAUUAAAAACAUAAUUAAAUAAGGUCACAGAAACAAAGAUAGCAGCACAAAAGUGUUUCAUUGAUAGAUACUGUUAAUUACAAAAACACAGCAGAAUUUUUUCUUCUUCAAUAAACCAUGCAAAGUUUGAUUGGAAAAGGUAAAAAACAAUGAAACAUUUGGAUACCAACUUAAUUCUGGACAUAACUUACUUAAAACUCAACAGAAUUAUAAUAUAUACUUAAAACAGAAUGGAAUUAUCGUAUAAAUUUUGAAAAAUGCAGAAGGAACAGAAAAAUGGAAAAGUUUACAUGAACUACCUGUGAGGGAGCUCAGCAUAUAAAAAAAAAGAAAAAGAAAAUUAUGUUUUAGUGUUCAAGUUCUAUAAAUAUCAAUGGAUAUACUAUUUUCUAUAGAGAAUAAACACCAGAGGAAUCAAGUUACUAUUAUAGCCAAUAUGUAACUCUGGAGAAUAGUAAAAUAAUGAUAUUGGAUCAUAAAACUAAAGCCAUUUCAUCAUAAACCUAUAAUCACAGGAAACACAUUGCCUGAUUGUCUAAUACCACCUGAUAGUCUAUGUGAACUGAUUCAUAAAGGUUAAUGGAACCGUGUGCAGGAAAUAUACAGAUAUAUAUGGAUUAAUCCUGUAUUUACGUAAUCUACUAUCGUCAUAACCGAUUUAAAACUACCUACAGAAAUGUAACAUCUAUGAAAUGGUGUAAAAUACAAGGUAGUACCUGAAAAAUCAAUGAUGGAUUGUUUUGCUUUAGUUUAUCAUCUGCUAGGAUAUAAUUAAUUUGUACAUAAUCAAAGACAUUUAAACGUAAUCGAUUUUCAUGAUUUUUAUGUUCAUUCCAUUGAUGAAUUUAGUACUGACACAAAUUCUAAGCAAAAAUCAAUAGCAGAUUAAAGAAACACAGAUUUUUAUAAAUGGGAUGUUUUGAUAUGCCCAGGAUCUCAGGCAUGCCUUAUUUAUUUCUUGCAUCACACAUUUUAAUGGUGCUUGUCAAUAAAAUGAAUGCCAUGACCAUUACAGAGACCAUUAUUUCCAUUGUUGACAUUAAAACCGACUCGUACACUCCAACACAAUCCUCUCUGACCAGAAUAAUCCACAGAAAUUCAAUCAAUCCAAAUACAACAUUCCAGCCUUAUCCUUAUUCCAUUUUUUCCGAUUUGAAUGGAACGUUCCAUUUUGACAUCAGCCCACCUUCAAUCAAUGAUUUGCUGGUAAAUUCCAAUCAGACUGUUAACUUCAGCUGCAAUGUCGACCAUCAAUUUCCUAAUGUGCUAAAUGACAGUAUUGGGAAUAGGAAUCUAAUACUGAAUAAUGACCAUCUAAAUACCUCACUGCUUGUCACCGUCACAUCUUCAGACCACAAUGUGGCUAGUAUUGUCUCCUAUCGCAUGGUACAGGGACGGAAACGACUCGUACGCACACCAAUACUACAGGAAACAAUAUCUAUGCAAGUAGAAUUGAAUAAUGACCAUAACUUUACAAUAGAGGCGAUGAAAAUUGGCUAUGUGACAUUUUUACUGACACUUUUAGAAUCUGAGAGCAUUGACAUGGCUAAGGCGGGCUAUUCUAAACAAUUGUCCUCCACAGAAUAUAAUGUGCAAGUUGUACGAGCAGAAAAAUUAGCAGAUUUUGUUUUUGACUGCAGUGCUGCUGCCGUAGCUAUUCUGAUUAGUUUUGGCAUAGGAUGUGUGACAGAUACAGAUAGUAUUAAAAAACAGCUAAAAUAUCCUGUGUCACUUCUAAUAGGAUUUUGUUGCCAGUUCUUACUUAUGCCUGUGCUUGCCUUUGGUAUUGCUAAAAUACUAAAUCUGGAGAGAAAUGUACAAUUUGGAUUGUUAUGUGUGGCAUGUGUACCAGGUGGUGGGUUUGGCCAUGUUGCUGUGAUAGUUAGUAAAUCUGAUCUUCCACUCAGCGUCACAAUGAAUCUCAUAAACAUUGUAGCCAUGCUUGGUACAGCUCCACUGUGGAUUUUUGUGCUGGGACAGUAUUUUCAGAGUAAUCAGGGAAUCAGAAUUAUUCCAAUAUAUAAUUUUGAAAUAUGGCUGGCAUCUAUAUUUUUUGCCUACACCGCUGGAUUGGUUAUAAACCGGUUUAAACCAGUUGUAGCAGAUGCAUUAAUGACAUGGAUAAUAAAGCCAUUCUUACUGCUUGCAACUAUUCUAUAUAUUACACUAGGAGUUUACAUCAAUAUGUAUGUCUUUGAUCCCGUGGACGGUUGGGCCUUUUUCGCAGCACUUCUGCUUCCACUGUGUGGAUUUAUCAUGGCGUAUGUUCUAGGCAUCAUAUUCAGGCAAAAAACAUCAUUUUGUCAAUCACUUGCAUUGGAAACAUCUAGUUUAAACUGCCUUAUUGUACUGGCAGCUAUAAGAUUUACGCUUCAGAAACCAGCGGCAGACUUAGCAUCAACUAUUCCAAUAUGGACAAUGUUUACUAUACCAGGACUGUAUGUAGUUUUGUCAAUUCUAAAUUAUAUCAAAUGUAGUUUAUGUAGUUUUUGUAAGAGCCGAAAAGAAGAAAAAUUUAGACAUUUUAGUAUUGCAUCUGGAAUAGUGAAUCAGGCAAAUAUGGCUGCUCUUUCAGCGCCAUUGUUUGUGACAGAAGUUACCGAUGAUGAACAGGCAUCAAUGAGUGAAAAAAUAACUGUUUUGUAGCAUUUAGAACUCAGUGAUGGAGAGUUCAUUCCCGUGGUUUGUUGCCACUAAUGCCAUAAAAACUGACCAUGUUUUUAUUCCUUCCUAUCAUGUUUUCUGUGAUUUUUACCAAAUAAAACAUUGUUUCUUACUUGACUUGUUCCAAGUACAAUAGUGAUAGUUAUCUGCCAAUAUCUGGUACUAUUUGUAUAGUUUUACUCAACAUAGUAAAGAAAGGUUAAAAUUA